CUAUUUCCGGCGGAAGUCAGGCCGGCUCCACACUGACUGUUGUUCUCGGCGGUGACUGACGGCAGCGGUAUGUCUGACCAGGAAUCCAAACCGCCUGGCAAUGACUCGGGGGACAGAAAGGAUGGAGAAUACAUCAAACUCAAAGUGAUAGGACAGGAUAACAGUGAAAUCCACUUUAAAGUCAAGAUGACUACACAAUUGAAAAAGUUAAAGGAAUCAUAUUGCCAGAGACAGGGGGUUCCUAUGAAUUCUCUCAGGUUUCUGUUUGAGGGCCAGAGGAUUGGAGACCACCAAACGCCAAAAGAGCUGGGAAUGGAAGAUGAAGACGUCAUUGAGGUUUAUCAGGAACAGACGGGGGGCAAGACCUCGGUUUAGACGCCAAUUUGUUUUCUUCUCUUCCCCCUUCCCUGCCCUCUUGUAAAGAUGCAGCCAUUUAGAAACCUAAACAUGAACUGCUGUUUCUAGACACUGUAUUGAAAGCGCCUUUCUGACACUGUGAAUUUGAUUCUGAUUCAGAAGCAAAGCCCAGGCUCCUUUUACCCAAGCAUUUCUCACAAUUAUUUUCGUUCUCCUCAGUGAAAAGAGAUGGCGACCCAUUUUCCAUACCUGCAAGGGCCGGAUUUUUUUUAAAAAAAUUCGGAAAGAGUGGUGCUAUGGAUCCUGAUUUUUAUUUUUGACUGUGUUAAUUAUUUUACAAGGUGUCACGAUCGCAAUAUUUUGUAACAAUCUUGUUUGGUUUUGUGGUAUCUCUGCGUAGAAAUGGUUUCUUGUGCUCGUCUGGUUCAAUGUUGCUGUUAAGGUUGACUUGAUGCAGGGGGGAGCAGGAUGCCAUUGACGCAGAGUUUAUGCAUCAUGAUCUCUCGAAAUAUCAUUGUUCUGGUACCACCAAGCCUGGUGGAGAAGAGAUAGGGGCCUUGGCCCACAGGAGACACACAGGCUUGCAGAGUAAAUUUUCCUUGCAAAAAAUUCUCUCUUCAAAGAGAGAUGUUUCACGACUGCACAGACACCUCCUCAGAGGGCCUGCUGAGAACAUACGAAGUAGAUCACAAGUGUGGCUGGUAAAGUGACCGGAGGUACAGGGUUUAGGUUCCAGUUAUAUGCUUGAGUGACCACAAUCUUACCUAGCGUGUUCAGUCUAUCUACCACACUUUGAGACAGUUUUAUAGGUUCUCACUCAGUGCCCUUCAGUGGGAGCUCCUUGUUCUGUUAGCAUGCUUUUUUAGUGGGUAUGGGUGGGGGGGGGGGGUUAGAGAGUGGGGCGAGGAGGGGAAAAGGAAACUGAUAAUUAAUGCAAAAGUACUUCCUGUUGGUCAGUUGUUGUGGAGUGAUAUUGGUAGUGCAUCCAGACAGGCCUGUCAUGUAGCACCCCCUGCACUCCCAGCUGAAGGAAGCUGGUAUGAUGGUGUAUAGCACCUAUCUGGAGCAGAGGCUUAGUUAGGACAGAAUAAGCAAAGGACUAGAGUGAAAAUGGCUUCCAGUGGUUGCAGGUUUAUGAUUCCAAGGCCUGACAAUUGCUUGAACUCACCUACCCUCAUUAAACAAAUUGUCUUUCA